UCAUUGGUCGGCAUCGUUUAUAACAUGACCGUCUGGUUUCUAAUAACUUUUUCACAAUGACCGACUAGUCUGUUGGACGUGAAAAGGUACCUUUAUAAUUGUUGAGUAUUUCUUUGUUGAUUGCCUUUGAAGUUGUUACAAAGUUUAUGAUUUUUAUUGUUCAUAUAAAGCUACACGGUGUGGAUUCUUUCAACAAAGAAUAGUUACAAUAUAGGUUUCACAGGAAACAUGGACACGGAUUUUGCAGAACUUUCCAACGAUGCAAACCUCAUUGCACGAAUGACACAGUUUGGCAAUGCAUCGGAGAAUAUACAAAAUUUUUUGAAACUAUCUAAUGAUCCAAAAUUAUAUGAUAAAUUGUCUAAUUCAGAAAAGAUACAAUAUAAUUUGUUAAUGUCGUUUAGUAUAAACAGUCUGUUUUGGAUGUACUUACGUGCUGAAGGAAUUGAUCCAACAAAGCAUGAAAUUAAAUCUGAAAAUGAUAGAUUGAAACAGAGCAUGGCCCGUGCUAAGCAGAUUAAUGAUAAAAAUACUAUAAUGCCUAGAGUUAAUAGAGAUGUUGCACAACGAUUUAUAAGAAGCGGAUUAUGGGACGCUAAAGACAAAAGAGAUAAGGAUAGGAAAAUGAAAGACUAAUAAGUAAUUGACUUUUGCAAUAAUGUAUUGACAUAUUUGAAAAAUGUAUAUAAUAAAUUUUAUAAAUUUAGUAUAA